AUGGUUCCUCCCCCCCGAGACGACGAUUGGUCUGAUUCAGACGAUGACGACCUCUCGCAAGUAGAGACAUCCGUAUUGUUAGGUGUGCCAGACGGUAACGUCGACGAGGAAACAGACAUCCUCGACGCUGCUGUCUCUCGUAUUGGAGGACUUCCUGUACGAUCCUUAGUCGCCAUCCGCUCCUGGCGUGGUUUACGCCUCAACGAAAAAUAUGCCGCAAAGCUUGCCAAAAAGCGUCAGCGUCAGCAGGAGCGUGCAAAGGCAAAAGCUGAAGCCGAGAAAGAAAGAGCGCGUCUCCAAGCUCAUAAGAAAAAAGCCGGUAAUCCAUUCACAAUGAAUGGCAGCGAGGUUAAUUCCGCACCCGCGUUUGGUUUCGGCGCUCAUAUAUUCGGCGCUCCAACUUCGGUAACCUCGGACGAAAGCCCACCGGUAGUGAAAGAAGAGGAUGUUCGGGAGCGACAAGCUGAAGAUGUGAAUGACAGUGACUCGGAUUCAGGAUCGUCGGAUGAAGAAUCACUCCUUACUGCUAUGGCUGAGGCCACCAUAAGUGAAUCUCCUUGGCGAUCCGCUCCUUCCUAUCCCCCAAUUUACCUUUCCACUGUGGCGGAAUACUUGCCACCCCAGCCUAAACCCCGACUACCGCAAGGUAUCAAAGUAGAAGAUCUGCAAGACGACGAUCGCAAAGAAAAGGAUGUUAGUUGGGCGAAAGAAACAUACGAAGACUCACUGGAAGUUGACCAGGUCUUCGAGCGCUUCAUGAAAAGAGUUGGCUACGAAGGCGAACAAUGUGUCAGAUACGAACUAAAGGGAACGCCACUUCCUUUCGCUUCUGACAAGACCUUUGACCUUCUUUGGCCUAUGGUGAAGCAGGACCCAUUGCCAGUGACCAAACCUGAUUUCAAGGUGGUCCAUAAUCAACGGCGGGUCUACGAUACAUCCGCUGUCCCAAGAUGUCCUCAUUGUAAAGGCCCAAGGGUGUUUGAAUGCCAGCUCAUGCCCAACCUUAUCAAUAUUCUUCGUCCGUCAACAUCAGCAGACAACAAAAAAAUGACAGACGAAGAACGACGCAAGGCGGUUCAGCAAGCGCUUAAAAAUGAAGACAAGUUGGCAAAAACUGGCAUGGAUUGGGGUACUGCUAUGAUUUUUUCGUGUGAGAAUGACUGCUGUCAAGAAGACGGAAAAGACCUCAAAGAUUGUUGGAGGGAGGAAAUUGUGUAUAUUCAGUGGGAUGUAUAA